UUUCAGUCCAACAAUCAACGAAAAAAGUUAAUCAUGACCAAUGGUCUGGACAUUUAUCAUCUUUAGCCAAUAAUCAAUCCUUACCAAUACAAAGCUCCAUCAUCCUCAUCCUCAUUUUCAUCAUCAUCUCACCUUCUCCAUCUAAUUCAAUUCCACUCUCACUCUCUUCCGGGCAACUCCUCGAAAUGACAUUUAAUUGACCCUCCCUGUUCAUCUUCCGGUCUCUCUCUCUCUCUUUCUUUCUCUCUUUAUUUCCUCUGUCUAUUUAUCAUCAUUCUCCUUUCUUUCCAUUAAUAUCCUCUGUGUCUCUGUAUCUCAUUGCCACUCCAUCUCCUCCUCUCACCUCCCCGCCGACACCUUAAUCAUGUUCAUGCUUCCUUAUUAUUCAAUAAUCUCACCCUUAAGAUAUUAAAUUAUCAACAAUAUACUUAUAAUGAUUAACUAAUUUUCUCAUUCAAAUCUUGCUCUUGCUCUCUUUUUACCACACAAUCUAUUUAAAUUGUUCACCCCAGACAAGAUUGUUGGUUAGUUUUAAUCAACAUUAUUAAUAACAAUCAACUAAUCUAAUAAAAGUUUCAUUUACACUUUUUCUUAAACCCUUAAUUGUGUUCAACAAACUCAUUGUUUCCUUAAUUGUGCUCAUUGAAGUUAUUGGCCGUUAAUUACAAGUUAAUUUACUAAUUGACCAGAAUACUUAUUCAUCAGAUGGAUAUAAAACUUUUCCAAGCCAAAGAAAACCUUAAUAAUAAUACAAAUCAACUCAACCAUAAUGAACAAUGAAUUUGGACAAUUUGUCCUUUAACAAUUAACUUUCAUCAUCAACAUUAUCAUUGUUAUUGUUGUUAUAUUGUCAUCAUUAUCAACUAACUCCCUUUAACUAUUAAUACUUAGUGAGUGUUACAAUCAACUUUAAUUUUCACUUGGUAUAUAUAAACAAUUUCUUGUAUUUCAACAAAUCAUUUGCUUAAUUGUUAAUGGAUGAUUAUCAUCAGUAUUAUUAAAUUGUGCUUUUACAAUCAACUGCAAAAUUUAGCUGAAAAAUUGUGAUAAAAUGUGUAACAUUUUGUGAAAGUUAAUUGUUGGAUAAACUUCUUGAAUUGACUGACCACUCGAGUCCAAAUACUCAAUGUUUUCCUGUAAUUAGUUUGAUUACCAUUUUGAUUUGAUUGAUUUUUUGUGAACACAAUCAAUAAAUUUAUAUAAUCUAAAUCAACAUCAAGUUGUGUUAAUCAAUUGAUAAACAAUCAACAUGAUUAAAACUCAUUUACCAGUUCAAAUUGUCACUCACUUUUUACUUGCAGUUUUUUACUCAAUCAACAUAUCAUCAUCUUCAUCUUUUGCCUUUAAAUCAAGCGAUUUGUUGGCUUCAAAUAGAACCAGCGGAUUAAAUAGUUCAACUGAAUUUACCACUGAUUUAGAAACUCGAUUAAGUGAAGAUGACCCUUCAAUGACUAACGCAACGUCGGACAUACCGAUUUGGGACAGUUCGAACAUCGAAAAUGAUUCAAUUAAUGAAACACUUAAAUCACUAAUUGAUAAUAUGGAUAAUAUAACAACACCAGUUUUCAUGGUACCAGAUGAACUUGAUGAUAGUAAUGCAACAACAUUAGCAUCUAAUGAUAACAUGGCUGACAUGAUAACAACACCAACCACAACUACAACAAGUGAAAGUCCAUCCAAUGAAUCAGUUUCAAUGUCCACACCCUUAGGGUCAAUGAAUGAAUCUAAAGUGAUCUAUGAAACAACUACCGAGACAAUUAAAGUAGUUAACAUGGAUAAGCAUCUUAAUGAGGCUGAUAAGUCAGGAGUUGGGGGUGGAUCAAAUGAUGAAGAUUCUGAACUACUUCCGGUUGAAAAUCAAGCAUCUCGAGUUGCAUGUACUCUUGAGGGUGAUCUGGUUUGCAAUGGAUUAGCACCAACUUGUUAUGGAUCGGGUAAUAUUCAAUGUGACCUGAAAAGCCAGGAAUCAACAACGGGAACACGGAAAAGAUCAAUGAUUAAUCAGAGAUUCACAUCGGAUGACCAGUGUCACAUGGUAGGUGACAUAAUUUGCAGUCCAAUGGUCACUUCUAGUCUAUGUAAAGGGUCAGCAAUUUGUAAGGCUGAUAAAAUGGAGGAAAUUGUUGCUUAUAAUUAUUGGCAAAUCUUGUUAAUUGCUGGCGCUCUUGCGAUUAUCUGUGUAACGAUAAUUGUAGUUGGUAUUGUAGGAUAUUUCUCAUGGACAAGAUACAAAAUCCGGCCUGAAGCUAAUGGUCAAGGUAAUCAGGCUUCAAACAAAGCUUAAUUACUCAACAAUUAAAAUGAAGAAAACAACAAACUGUGAUCAAGCCUGAAAGGUCAUUUAAAAAAAAAGACAAACUUUACACCAACAAUUACUAAUUAAUUAGUAAUUAAUUGCCAUGAUUUAAGACUCCAAACUUGCUUUGAUUUGAUUUAAGAUAAUGUUUAUACAUCAUUUAAAUAAAAACAAUAUCAUUAAUUUGUCACUAAUUGUAAACAAUUUAAUUUCGCACCAAUCACAUCUCCAACUAAUUAUCAUUACCCGCCAAUUUAUAACAAUCAUAAUAUAUAAAAAAUCAAACAAUUAUUAAAGACAAUUCAAUCAACCCUCUAAUUGAUCAUCUUAUCAGAGGUAAUUA